UAAUAUAGCCAUAAGUUCGUUUUGUGAUUAAACCGAGAAAAUUUCAGCCUACCAAAAAGUUGAUUCAAUUCAAGAUCUAAGAUUAAGUGCAAUUAAUCAAGCAAAAUAGGCAAAAGCUGACUAUAAUUUGCGUUCGCAGUUUAAUUACCAUGAAUGUGACUAGAGACAAAAUGAGUGUAUACUUAAUUGGAUUAUUACUGCUCGUACUUACCGCAAAUGGCAAAGUGCAACAGGAAUCGAACAGAAUUCGUCGAGAUACAGCAGACAGUAGUAAUCCGAAGAGCAGUUUCGAAAAGGAUGAUGUCGGCUGGACAAACAUCGAUGCCGAAGUCGAUGUGGUGACGCCCAUGGUGCUCGCCCACCUUCAAAAAUUGGGUAUAGCCCAUCUCGAUCUGCCAGACAUGAAAGAGAGCAUCUCUAUUAAGCCUUUCUUCAUAACGUAUGAGGCCGGUCUACACCUGACUAAUGGAAUCGUCUACAACCUGGCUGGAAUACAUAGACACAACAAUGCAUUCAUGACCUAUGAAGGCAAAUCGUUUUUGAGUAAAUUUUAUUUAAAAAUUAAUAAACUUCAGGUAUGUAACGCAAUAGCUCAACCACAUUUUACAAGGAGAAUCAAUGAUAGAUAUAUAAUUAUCUCUAAUCUGAAAGCUCCGAAUACCGCAUAUUCAGUUUUAUUUACGAAUCAAUCAAAAUACUUGUUCUAUUCAGUCAGAUUCAAAGUAAGAUCAUAG